AAUUUAAUACCCAAAAAGAAAGCCCAUCAACCCAAAGCUAUGGAUGGCUCUACCGGUGAUUAAUACUGCGUAUGAGUAAACCCUACCCUCAUCCACUUUGCGUCGUGUCUGCAUGGCGACCCCCCCAUGCUCAUCCUCAAUCGAGCCCGAGUUGAAGAAACCAAAACUCGAUCAUGGUGGUGAUCAAUGUGAGGUGGAAAGUUUUGAGGAAGAACCUGAAGAAUGGGAAUUUGAAAAGGAAAUUUUACCUCAAGAUUUCCAGGAUGAACUCUAUGUUGAACUCUGCAACUCGGCUCUUGCUUAUUACCUGGAUAAGCAUCCAGGAGAAUCUUAUGGGUUCAAGAACAUGAAAGGGGGGUAUUGGUGGUUUGUUUGGCAAACUGCGACUUAUGUGUUGGAAUUUUGUGCUGAAAAUAUGAACAUGGAUGAUACACGUCUACAAAGCUUUAGUGCCAAGGUUCUUUGUCAUCAUCGGAAGGAGCCUGAACUUUUAGAAAUAAAGAAAUGUGUGCUACUCGAAGAUGGGGUUGAACAGUUUGAGAAAUGGGAUAGGUUUGGUGAUGCUAUGCCAGAAAUUCCGCUUGAAGAUCUUAAGAAAAGAGGAAAGGAAUAUGAAAAUGCAGUUGAACUUUGCAGAUUGGCUCUUCAAGAUUACCAAUCUAACCAUCCCGAAGAAUGUUAUGAGUUUGUGAGCCUGAAGAAGGUGAAACGUUAUCUCUUUCGUGGUUUUCAGUACAAACUUGUAUUUCUUGCCAAAAACACGACUCUUGAUGACAAUCCUCUGGCAACCUUUCAAGCCUUGGGUUUUCACCUCGUGCGAGCUGUUGAAGUACAUGAAUGCGAGACCAUUGGAUAGGGUUAUGGUGGCUAUCUUAUGUUUGCCCGCCCUUAUUGAAUGCCAAUCUGAGGUAUGAUGCUUCUUCAGUACUUUAUGGGUGGAAUUCUGUUUCAUUUGGCAGUUGGAUAUGUUCAUUUCAUGGGGUUGAUUGUUUUGAUUUCUUGUGGUUACGUUGUUUAGUAGCAACUCCGACUGGAUGUAGGAUACGAUGAUAUAUGUCCGCCAAUCCACCAUCCAGAUUCCAGGCACCCAUCACGUAUUAACGUCUAUAUGUAGCUUAUUUUAGGGCCAUGUAGUGUUAGCAGAGGAAACACUCAACGUUAAUGUAUAUUCUGAUUGGAGUAAUCCGAACUGAAAUUCCCGCUCUAAGUUUCUGGGUAUUUACGAAUGUAUGAAGACGUGAAGAGACAUUAUAUCGAAGCUGUUCAUAUCAA